GCAUUUCACAGCAGUGCUUUCGGAGGCGUAGCGAAGCUUUUAAUUUGUGCUAUAUUUAUUAUUUAUUUAUUUAGUAUAUUUUUUUAAAACGAAGUCGUCCACCAUGCUUGGCCUUGUCCUUUAUGUGCCUGUAUCCAACUCAGACCCAGUGGAGGUGGAAUGUUUCGAGUCGAACGGUCUCCCGACCGAGCUCAAAUCAGUCUUUCAGACACUGAGUGUCCUGCUGCCGUCUCAGGAGUUUUCUACCUACCAGAGAUGGAGAAAGAAAGGCUCUUCAAUACUAGAAAACGAUCCAGAAGGACAGCUGGACUUUGAAGAGUUUGUUCACUAUCUGCAGGACCACGAGAAGGACCUGAAACUUGUAGUGAAUAGUGUUGACAGGAAUGCAAGCCACAUAGACCCAAAAGAAUUUAUGCAGUCUCUCCAUGAUCUGGGUGUCCACAUUUCCCUGCAGCAUGCAACUAAAGCUCUUAAAAGCAUGGAUAAAAAUGGUUUGAUAACAAUCGACAGCAAAGACUGGAGCAGCUAUGCUGUGGUAGAGAAGACCGAGAGCAUUCCUGAGAUCAUACUGUACUGGAAACGCUCCACGAUAUUUGAUGUAGGCGAGAACCUGAUGAUUCCUGAUGAUUUCACUACUGAGGAAAAGCAGACAGGGAUGUGGUGGAGGCACCUGGUGGCAGGAGGUGGAGCUGGAGCUGUUUCCAGAACUUGCACAGCUCCUCUGGACAGACUCAAAGUUAUGAUGCAGGUUUAUGGAUCCAGAACUAACAACAUGUGUAUCAUGAGUGGACUAAUGCAGAUGAUCACGGAAGGAGGGUUGAGGUCUCUGUGGAGAGGAAAUGGAGUAAACAUCAUCAAAAUUGCUCCUGAGUCUGCCCUGAAGUUCAUGACAUAUGAAAAGAUCAAAUGCUUAAUUAGCAGUAAGAAAGAAACACUCAGCAUUUUGGAGCGAUUUGUUGCAGGCUCUUUGGCAGGAGUGAUCGCCCAAAGCACCAUCUACCCUAUGGAGGUGCUAAAAACUCGCCUAGCUUUAAGAAAAACUGGACAGUACUCUGGAAUAUCUGACUGUGCCAAACAGAUCUUCCGACAAGAAGGACUGGGAGCCUUUUACAAGGGCUGUGUUCCAAACAUGCUUGGCAUCAUUCCAUAUGCAGGCAUUGAUCUGGCUGUAUAUGAGACUUUGAAGAACAGAUACCUGCAACACUACAGAGCCAACACUACUGACCCAGGGGUCCUUGUCUUCUUGGCCUGUGGCACAAUCUCCAGCACAUGUGGUCAACUGGCCAGUUACCCUCUGGCUCUCAUCCGAACCCGCAUGCAAGCACAAGCUGCAAUAGAAGGGAGCCAGCAGAUGACCAUGUCCAGUCUCUUCAGGCAAAUCCUGCAGACCGAGGGUCCAACAGGCCUCUACAGAGGCCUUGCCCCAAACUUCCUGAAGGUAAUCCCUGCUGUCAGCAUCAGUUAUGUGGUCUAUGAGCAGCUGAAGACACAGCUAGGAGUUACCUCACACUGAAGAAAGAUGCCCAACCCCACUGACCUCAAAACCUUCAAAUGUUUGUUGUGACCCUUGCGUGUGGGAGGGUAACCCCUCUUCUGACACCCCAUUACUCACCCUUCAUCUGAUACACAGGAAUCACAGGGUCCUGCUCUUAUUUUCAGCUCCUCUCUGGGUUUGUGUGACCGUCUCAUUCUGUGAAUGUUAGCGGGACAUUGUUAAAGGUAGAACUGGAGGAUCUUGACUCUGUGAGCUCAGGUUUAUCUGGAGUGGGAUUCUCCCUCACUGCCCAUGCUGCUGCUAUUUGUGCUUUUGAAAGGAUUCAUUUGAUGUAAUUAUGAAUCGUGGACCAAAAAAGUGUUGUCUGAUUGUGAACUAAUAGUUUUAUAUAUAUAUAUAUAUAUGAAUUAAUAUAUAUAUAUAUAUAUAUAUAUAUAUAUCAUAUAUUAAUCUAAUAUUAAUAUAUGAACUAAUAGUUCAUAAGAAAUGACACUGCACAUACGAGGUUGACUCCUGUCGAUGUCUGACACAUAUGGACUGAUUACGGAAAUGUCUGAGUAUUUAUUUCCAUCCUUCUAUUUAUUAUUUUAUUUUCUUAAAAAAUCUGAUUUAUUUUUUAAAGUAUGCUGCUGCUUGUCUAGAGAGCCAUUUGUACAACUGAAAUGUCCUUUUAAAACUGCUGUGUGGGAAUUGAUCAUAAGAUGGCAGCAUUAAAGACAAAUGUCAUUUAUAGAUUGAAAAGAAGAACACGGUGGGUUUGGAUAUGGUACUCGUCUGUUUGACAGCUAUUCAUUAUGGCCAUCUGUUCAUGUUUGCUUAACAGUAAAUUAUAACAAAUGUCAAAGUUACGGUUCAGGGACGUACAAUAUUUUUUUAGUUUUGUAUUACAUUGUUUAUACUUUAAGGCGAAAUGGGGGUAAAUACUACUGAAUAUCAAUACGCACUUUAAUUAAAGCCAGAACAGCCUCUCUGUAAACAAAUGUUUCAGUGCAGGUGUUCAUAUUUUGAUUGUAUGUUUUUAUAUUUUAAAAGACCAUUUUAUUGCAAAUAAAUGCAAAAUUCUUUUUACAUA